AUGCCGGCGACCAUAGACUUUUACUUCGACAGCACCAAUAGCCACAUUCUCCCUGAAAAAGCGAUACGCGAGGGUUGGGACACAUUCAUCUUCUACAAAGUUCCAGUUAGAUGUGGUAACCUCUGGUUAGGUCUGAACGCUUCAAGGAACAACCUGAGACGGGCUGAUGUCGCUAGGUGGCUCAGCAUUUUGGUGAAUGGUACAACCUCGCUUCCACCUGAGCUCUACAAUUGCGCCGUCAAAGAGGUAGGCGUCUUACAGUAUAUGCCAACCAAAAUCGCAGAGGAGCCUAUCAGUUGGACGGAGCCAACGGCCUGGACACCUGGAAACUACGCCUUGAAGACAUCGCAUAUUUGA